AUGAAUACUAAUACUGCUACAAAUGAUGAAGGUACUCCCGAGUCUCCUCUUCAGUUGCUUGACGAUGAACUCUGGCUUGCCCAGAUUCUAUCGUUUGUUGGUGUUGGACAGUAUGCUUUUGUAGGAGCUGUCAACAUAGAGAUGAAUAAACUGUACAUAGAGUACUCCAAAAUUGAACUCGAGAAAAACCCAAGAAUUGUAAAGGAUAGCCCGGAUUGGCGUGGCGACAGUCGCUCUGCAGAAAUCACCGACACUCUUUACAGCGAAACAUUCUGUAACCAGCCACGGGCAGAAUACUGGCUCAGGGACAAUUCCAGAAAUAGGAAACCUGAUUGUGAUCAUGUUUGCACUGCAAUUGCAAAAAUUGGGAAACUUCCUGUCAUGAAAUGGGCGCGCCAACAAGGAUUCAAUUGGAGUAUACAGCCAUCAGAUGGAGAGACAUACGGAGAGACAUGUGCUAGAGCUGCUGAAAAUGGCCAGCUGGAAAUGCUCCAAUGGUUAAGAGAGAAUGGUUGUCCAUGGGAUGAGCGGACAUGUACCUAUGCUGCUUUUAUUGGACAUGUGGAAAUUUUAAAGUGGGCUCGUGAAAAUGGGUGUCCGUGGAAUGAAAAUACGUGCUCAAGUGCUGCUCGACAAGGUAAUUUGGAAAUUUUAACGUGGGCUCAUCAAAAUGGGUGUCCGUGGAAUGAAAAUACAUGCUCAGGUGCUGCUCGACAAGGCCAUUUGGAGAUUUUGAAGUGGGCCCGUCAAAAUGGUUCUGCAUGGGAUGAGCAGACAUGUGCCUCUGCUGCUGAAAAUGGACAUUUGGAAGUUCUAAAGUGGGCUCGUGAAAAUGGUUGUCCAUGGGAUGAACAGACAUGUGGAGAAGCUGCUGCUGGUGGACAUUUGGAAAUUUUGAAGUGGGCUCGUGAGAAUGGUUGUCCAUGGAAUGCAUGUACAUGCUGGUAUGCUGCUCAACAUGGACAUUUGGAAAUUCUAAAGUGGGCUCGUGAAAAUGGCUGUCUGUGGGAUGAACGGACAUGCUGGCAUGCCGCUCGCCAAGGCCAUUUGGAAAUUUUAAAGUGGGCUCAUGAAAAUGGUUGUCCAUGGGGUGAGCGGACAUGUAGCUUUGCUGCUAAAAGUGGGCAUUUGGAGAUUUUGGAGUGGGCUCGUGAAAAUGGUUGUCCAUGGGAUGAGCGGACAUGUACCGCUGCCGCUCAACAAGGCAAUUUGGGAAUGUUACAGUGGGCUCGUGAAUAUGGUUGUCCAUGGAAUGCAGAUACAUGCUGCAUUGCUGCUGAGAAUGGUCAAUUGGAAAUUAUAAAGUGGGCUCAUGAAAGUGGUUGUCCAUGGGAUGAAUGGACAUGUGCCAAAGCUGCUAAUAAUGGGCAUUUGGAAGUUAUACAGUGGGCUCGCGAAAAUGACUGUCCAUGGAAUGAAGGGACAUGCUCUGGUGCUGCUCGACAAGGCAAUUUGGAAAUUUUACAAUGGGCUCGUGACAAUGGUUGUCCAUGGAAUGCAGAUACAUGCUGCAUUGCUGCCGAGAAUGGUCAAUUGGAAAUUUUGAAGUGGGCUCAUGCGAAUGGCUGUCCAUGGAGUGCAGAUACAUGCUGGUCUGCUGCUGGAAAUGGACAUUCGGAAGUUCUAAAGUGGGCUCAUAAAAACGGUUGUCCAUGGGACGAACAGACAUGUGAAGAAGCUGCUGCAGGUGGACAUUUAGAAACUUUAGAGUGGGCUCGUGAGAAUGGGUGUCCAUGGAAUGAAGGGACAUAUCAAACUGCCCGCAUGUUUAACCAAAUGGAGGUGAUCCAGUGGCUACGUGACAAUGACUGCCCAGGAUCUCUUGAUGAAGGACACUAA